GCAUGAAAACGUAAAAAGAAGAAGAACGGCUUUUGGAGAAGGAAAAAAAAAAACGUGUCACAGAGUGGCGAAUCGCGCGACGAGUCUCUUCUUCAUCUUCAUGUGUUUUCCCCUUCGGUUUUAAAAGCUCUCUUCUUCCCAAUACAUUUAUUCACUUUCUCUCUCUCUACCUCCCUUUCUCUCUCUGCCUGAAGUUUGGACAGAGAGACUUUAAGGAGUGAAUUAGAGAAGAGUUUGGUUUGGUUUUGUUUUGUGAUUUCCCUUUUUUGGGUUUUUGAUUAUUUCUAGCGACUCUCCAUGCGUUUGAUCAAUUCCUGGGAACUUAACUUUAUUUUCUGGGUUCCUUUUUGACCAUUGACUCCCCCCAAAACUUUGAUUUCUUGUCUAAAGAAGAAUGAAGAACGAAGAACAAUCAAGAUCUCUGUUUGGAAUCUCUCUGUCUGAUCGACCAACUUGGCAACAGUUUCUCAUUUGCACUUCUGGUUUCUUUUUUGGUUAUCUCGUUAACGGAGUUUGCGAGGAAUAUGUUUAUAAUCGCCUACAAUUUAGCUUUGGUUGGUAUUUCACGUUCAUACAAGGAUUUGUCUACUUGUUCCUCAUCUACCUUCAAGGCUUCACCACAAAACAUAUUGUGAAUCCGAUGAGAACUUAUGUUAAACUCUCUGCUGUUCUCAUGGGAUCACAUGGAUUAACGAAAGGAUCUUUGGCUUAUCUUAAUUAUCCAGCUCAAAUCAUGUUCAAAUCCACCAAGGUAUUGCCGGUGAUGAUAAUGGGAGCGUUCAUACCCGGUUUGAGGAGAAAAUACCCGGUCCAUGAAUACAUUUCAGCGUUCUUGCUGGUUCUUGGUUUGAUCUUAUUCACAUUAGCAGACGCACAAAUGUCUCCGAAUUUCAGUAUGAUCGGGAUUAUGAUGAUAACCGGUGCAUUGAUCAUGGAUGCUUUCUUGGGUAAUCUGCAAGAAGCGAUUUUCACAAUGAACCCCGAGACAACUCAGGCAAGAAACCCGAUGGAGAUGCUUUUCUGCUCAACUGUUGUUGGAUUGCCUUUCUUGUUCGUUCCCAUGGUCUUAACCGGAGAGCUUUUCCGUGCGUGGACUGCUUGCUCACAAAUGGUUCCGAUUGAUAGUAAACCUCCGAGCAAGAUUCCGGCGAGACCAGCGGUUAGGAUCGCCGAAGGAGAUGGUGAUAGAGAAGAGGAAGAAGAGAGGAAGUCAUUGGUUUGA